CUGUCUCCCAGAUUCAUUCCGACCCAGGAUAACUGUAAGCUGCCGAACAGACAGAAAUACUCGCAAUUGUUUGACUUUGAAGGAAACUUCUGCAGCUGAGAAGAUACUGAGCUCGAGUAAUCCCUGGGAUACCACUGGAAGAAGACCUCGACAUCCAGAACAGAGCUCUGAAGACACAUUCGCACAAGGCUGUCUACUGUAGUCCGACCCUGAAGCCAUCCACACUGCUGCUGCCAUGCACAAACUCGUUUCCUUUGUACUGCUGUUCCUGAGCGCCAAGUUGGCCUUCUCACUCUUCCUGCCCGACUCCCCGGAGCUGAGGCGACUAAUGCAACGUUACCAGGAUGAGUCCAAUGGCACGGAAGUCAACAGCCCUGUGCGCACCCGCAGAGCCAUCCAAUGGUCAGAUCGGGAGGAGAUUUUACUGCUACACAAUAAGCUGAGAGGUGAAGUCUACCCCGCUGCAUCCAACAUGGAGUACAUGGUAUGGGAUGAUGAACUGGAAAGGUCAGCAACUUAUUGGGCAGAACAGUGCCAGUGGGAUCACGGGCCACACGAUCUACUCAAGUCCAUUGGACAGAAUCUGGCCGUGCACUGGGGCAGGUACCGCUCUCCUGCUUACCAUGUACAGGCCUGGUAUGAUGAGGUGAAGGACUACACAUACCCUUACCCGCAAGAGUGCAACCCCUGGUGCCCCGAGCGCUGCUCUGGACCCAUGUGCACCCAUUACACCCAGCUGGUCUGGGCCACAACCAACCGGGUGGGCUGUGCUGUACACAUGUGUCCGCAAAUGAACGUAUGGGGCGAGACCUGGGAGAAUGCCAUCUAUCUUGUCUGCAACUACUCACCCAAGGGAAACUGGAUCGGGGAAGCCCCGUACCAAAAUGGCGCCCCCUGCUCUCAAUGCCCACCGAGCUAUGGAGGAGUCUGCAGGAACAAUCUUUGUUACAAGGGAGACACUGAACGUCACGAAUCUCCAGAUAUGAAUGAGGUAGAGAAGCCACAGGAGCCAAUACAACCUCAAAUUACUCUACUAACUAAACCUCAGCCCAAACCCUCCUCCCCCAAGAAGACUGUAAAUCCCAAAACCUCCUCACCUAAAUCUGCAAGCACCACAUAUUUAGCGCAAAAUAUAAAGUGUGAGACAAGAAUGAGGGACAAAUGUAAAGGAGCAACAUGUAACAGGUACAACUGCCCAGCCAACUGCUUAAACAAAAGGGGCAAAGUGUUUGGAACACUCUACUAUGAUGUUCAAUCGAGUAUUUGUCGUUCUGCUAUUCACAGUGGGGUAAUUGAUAACAAUGGAGGCCUUGUGGGCAUCACAAGGAAAGACAACGUCCCAUUCUUUGUAAAGGCCACUAAGAAUGGUGUGGAGUCAUUAAGUAAAUUUAAACCUGGAAAUGCGUUUAUGGUGUUGAAAGUGGAACAGCAAACAAUAGAUUGCUACACAACAGUGGCUGAGAUUUGUUCUUCCAAGAUGGCAUCCUCUCAUUGUCCAAGAGUAUUCUGCCCAGCAAACUGCUUAAAUGAACCUUCAUAUUGGGCUCCAGUGGUCGGCACCAACAUCUAUGCUGAUGGUUCCAGUAUCUGUCGAGCGGCUAUCCACGCCGGAGUGAUCAAAGCCAGCGGAGGCUAUGUAGAUGUCCUGGCUCUGGAUAAGAGGAAAAGUUACACCGGGACUACGAGGAACGGCAUCCAAUCUGAGAGUAAAACCAAUACAGAUGGGGGUUCAUUCCGCGUCUUUGCUGUCAGAGAGUGAGACCACAUUGAUCAAGUCACAGCAGCUCUCCUACAGUAUUUGCCUUAAAAAAUAAAAAACAACAUCAAUAUGGAGCAUAACAUGUCAUCAAGAGACACUCACAAGAAAACAAAGGACUAAGACUUCAAUUUUCCUUUUCUUACUGCAUUUCUAAAAGUUUCAUUCGUGAGUAAUAUUUUUGCUCACACAUGCAGCGUGGUACAAAUAGUAUUUUUUCAUCAGCGGUGCUGGUUUUAAUCGCCGUUUUAGAUACAUCAGUUUAUAUUUUAGUAACAUAUCUUUAUCAAUUUUUAAAUACAUGCAAAAUUUCUCAUCUUUAUACAAAGAGUUUAUAUUGAUUACACUGUGUUAAAUCUGUAAAUAGAUUUUGGGCUUUUUAUUUCUGACAUUUAUUCUGUUCUGAUGAAGUGGAGGAAGAUGUUGUCACAGCGGUGGUAGUUGUAUGUGAUGUGUUGUAGUGGAGGAUGUGGGAUCUGUUGGAUCCGCGGUCGGACAGACAGAUGCUGUACAGAGAAUGGAAAAGGAGGCAGAGCUCCAAAGAAAAGAAACCUUUCCUUUAUAAUGAGCUGUCCAGAAUCCACAAUGUUCAGACAUUAUAGUUAAGGUGCAAAAACAUUGAAACAAGGUUCGGUUCUGGGAGUAAUACUGUAGGAGUCACUGGGUUCAAGUUUAGGCUCAUCUGUUUUAUUUUUAUGUUAUUUAUUUCAUUCUGAGGAGCGGGAUCAAAUAUUUAUGAAUGUGACACGAUAUGUGCCAGAUUGAAAAGAAACAUCUCUUAAUAUUGAACUAUAAUGCUAUAUUCAACUCAAAUUAUGUCCUGUUUAAACCACUUUAAUACUGCAAUGUAAUGAAGAGAGAAUCUGAGGGUUUGCUGUCUAAUCUACUUAAUAUCUUAAAGUGCGUUGCAUAAUCAGAGUCUAGAGAUUUAACCGUAACUGGGGCUGUGAAUCAGCAUCAAUACACCUAGACCCUAUAUAUUUUACUAUAUUAAAUCGGUUACCUCAAUCCUGUUUGUUAAUGUGUUUAGGGAAACAUUUGUAUAGCUUUUGAAAUUGGUUUGUGUAAAUAUUCUGUUUUGUUGUAUGAACGUUUGUUUAAUGUGCCUUUUUGCACAUAUUUAAAAUUACGACCAUAAAAAUGUAUAAUUUUAAAAUGAUUUCUGACUUUCGCUUCAUGUAUAUGUAUAUAUACUGUAUGAUAUUUAUUUAGGUCACUGAGUUUUCUACUGCCCAAUAAAGAGAAAAUCUUCCAAAGAUUCCAAAA